AUGCAGAAGACGUUCAUCACCGGGAUCUCGGCCCUCUCCGGCGUCAUCAUCCUCGGAUGCCUCGCCUACGUCGGCGUCCUCUACAACGACAUCAACAACCUCUACAACGACGCCAUGGACGACAUGGCCGAGUUCAAGGUUUUCUUUUUGGUUCAUCUCCUUACAAGGAGGUUUUUCACUCUGUGUUUAGGAAAACAUGUCCAAAAAACCUUUGAAAAUGUUGAAUUUUUAUAUUUGUGCCCAAAUUUUCUUUCUUGGUUGAAAAAUGAGUUCCGAAACCUUGAAAAGGGUCAAAAUUAGCUUUUAUUUAGAUGAAAUCGCCCUUUUUCGGCCAAUUUUUUUCUGAAAUUUCGGCUGUUCCGGUAACUUUUUCUUGGUUUAAAGAUUGAUUAAUUUCCUGAUAGGUUCAUUUCAAGAUAUUUUUUUGAAACCUGCGUCUUUAAAAAAAGCAUACAUUUAGCUUCUAUUCAGACCAAAUUGCCCUUUUUUUGGCCAAUUUUUUUGAAUUUUCGCUUUGUUUCGGUAAUCCUCCUUGGUUUAAAGAUUGAUUAAUUUUUCUGAUAGGUUUAUUUCAAAAUAAUUUUGAAACCUGGGUCUUUAGAAAAAGGAUAAAUUUAGCUUUCAUUCAGACAAAAAUUGCCCACUUUUUGGCCAUUUUUUUCUGAAUUUUCGGCUGUUCCGGUAAUUUUUUUCUUGAUUUAAAUAUUGAAUAAUUUUCUGUUCAUUCGAGUUCAAGGUAUUCAUUAAAACUUGAAUUUUUAAAAAUUUAACAAAAUCACGGCGUUCCACGCAGUGAAAGCACAUGUAAAAAGAUUGCCGCCGACCGAUGGAGCGCACUUUGUGCAGGCCCCCGCGAAAUUCAAAUUUUUUUCGGUUUUUAUGUCAUUUUUCGGUGGUUUUUCAAAUUAUUCUCUGUCUAUUCAUGUUUGGGUUUUGCGAGAUGUCCAUAUUGUGAAAUAGUAGCAUAUUACACGUCUAUUGAAAGCGGUUCCAUGGAAUUUCGUUCAAAACUGAGGGAGGAGUUAGUUUUUGAAAAUUCGUCAAUUUUUUUGUUCACAGUUUUCGCUGAUUUUGCUCGUUUCUUUUUAUAUAACUCUUUGGUUUUAAUUACUGAAAUUUCUGCUUUCUAUCCAUUAUUUGUUUUUCUGAAGCUAGGUUUCCAAAAUAUAUAAAAUGUUUCUUUUUUCAUUUGCUCCUCGAAUUUUUCUCAUUUCAAUAUUUUUCGUAUUUACAACUUCUUAUACAAUGGGAGCUGAUUCACCUUCAUAAUAUUUUUUGUUUUUAUUUUGUAAUCAGUAAUUUAGAGUUUUCCCCUUCCGAAAUCGUUCCUAAAUUUUUUUUUAACGUAAGUGAAUGUUUUUUUCACAUCAUAUUCUUCAAACUGACAAGAUUUCGAACAUUUCAGAAGUUAUUAUCCAAAAAUUGCAAAUUCUAAAAUUGAAAAAAACAAUUUUGAGUAUGCGAUGGUGCGUCUCGGUGUGCUUACACCCUAAGCAUCAUAAUUUACGAAAAGUCUUGACCUUGCGUAAUAAAAAAACGCCGUGAAAUCUGAGUAAUUUGACUCAAAAAAACGUGCAGUGGAAGCUUGACUUGAAGCCAUUUUUUAUUGAUUAUAGCUUCUCAAUUCCGGCAUGUUUCGGUUAUCUUUCUUGAUUUGAAGAUUAAAUAAUUUUAUAUUUGGUUGAGUUUAAGGUAAAGGUAUCCAUUGGAACUUGAUUUCCUCAAAAAAAAAAAAAAUGGACAACUUCAGCCUUUAUUUAAACUGAAGGGUCGAGGCUUGAAUUUUGGCCACUUUCUCUGAUUUUGACUUAAUUUCGGUUUAAUUUUCUGGACUUUAAGCUUGGCUUUUUUCAAUUCCAAAGAUUUUUAUUUGAUAUUGGAAAGCACAAUUGAGAGAAAAAUUGUAGUUCUUACAAGGGAGGUAGUUUUACUUUGUGCUUGGGAAUUUUCUGAAAAUUGGCCAGAAUACUUUUUGAUGUAUCCUGAAAAAGUCUUGACCUGCAAAACUUAAUGGUUUUUUGAGAUACAAGGGCCUAAUUAACCUGUUUUAAUCGAUUUCGAAGUUUUUUUUGACUUUGAGGUUUCUUUUCUGAAAAUUUGGGCAGCUGGAGACACUCUGGUACUUCGAGAAGCGUUCUGGCCAAUUUUGUGGAAAAUCCCAACCGCAAAGUGAUUUUGUUUUUGAAAAUAUUCAUUUUUGAUUUUUAGUUGUGAGGCUGCUGCUCGUUUCUUUUCUAAAAUACGGAUAUAAUUCUUUUUUUGUUUUGUUAAAUUGACACCGAAAGCCUUCAGACGAUCGCCAACGACGCCUGGAACACGAUAAUGUUGGACGCCAGCGCCAGCGGCUCCUCAACCAUUGAGAGAACCACCCUCGGCACCUUCUACGGCAGGAACAAACGACAGGCCGGCAGCUGCAACUGCGGACCUCAGCCCAAUAACUGCCCUGCCGGACCCCCAGGUACUCUUAUUUCACUAGGAAUCUCAAAAUCGACAGUUUGAACCUGAAUAAUCUGAUUAUUUUUGGACUGGAUCCAAUCCCGGGGCGGACCCUUCAGAGAAUGCGGCCAAUUUCAGUACAUUUUCAAAUUUUUCGCGCUUAAAAAGCUGGGGUGCGAUCCAGCCCACCUUUGAACCUAAUAAGGCUGAAAAAAGGGUUUUUCUAAAUCAAGAACUCGGGAAAUUGCCAAAAAAAAAACCGACAUGGCAGUUCUUACCGCGUUAGUUAUCUCAAAAUCGACAAUUUUUCGCAAAAAUUACCUGAAAAUACUAUAGAAAAAAAGCCUAAAAAGAACUAAAAAAAGGAGCUUUUCAGAAAAAAAUGCCUUUAAAGGACCGUCCUAGGGCCUUUUUUUGACUAUUUAUCGGAAAAAAAGUGGUUUUUAAAAAAAGUAGAAAAAGUGUUCAAAAAGAAUAAAUCCUCGAAAAAAAUUUAGAAAAAUUAUAGCAUCUUUUUAAAAACCUCCUAGCACUGAAAAAAAUUUUUUAAACCCUCAGAUUACCAAGAUUUCAUCUUGUUUUUGAAGUUUUGAAGAUUUUUUUGUAGAAUUUUCCACGAUUUCAACAAGUAAAAUAGUCGAAAUCCCAAUUUUCAUCGGUUUUUUUGAAAAAUGGGAGAUUUUUCGUGAGAUUUUUUUCAUGGAUUCCAGCAUGAGAAACAGAAAAAAUCUAAUUUAUGUAGGCUGUCUGAAGAACUAGAUAUCUGCUUCAAAUUAAGGGUUUCUUCUCUGAAAAAUUGAUUAAAAAAACAAAAAAUACGCAUUGAUAAUAAAGAAAACACAAAUAAUCAAUAUCCCAAUCGAAACCUGUGUAAAAUCAUCAUUUUUCACCAGAAAAGCAUUUUUGCGAUCAAAGUUUGCAAAUUAUACAUGAAUAGAAAGCUUUUGUGACGAAAAGAACUUUGGUGACAACAGAAAAAAUCGAAAAUUGAUAGAAACGAAGAAAAAAGCGAAAAUCCGGAAAAUGGCGAAGCCUGUUGUCCAUAGAGCAACUUUACUGCAAAGCGCCCUUUUGACGGAAACUCAAAGUUUCCUCUCUCCGACUUUUAAUUAUUUUUUCUCCAAAACUAGGAACUUCUGUACGUUUCCAAGUUCACCGUUCGAUUCGCAAUGAAAAGCUCUACAAAGUACGGCUUUGAACUGAAACACCGUUUUUUUUACUGCCCCUAUGCCGUCAAUAUAACCAAGAGAUUUCCAGGACCGCCAGGAAACGCCGGAGAACCAGGAAAAGACGGAGAUUCCGGAGCUCCAGGAAAGCACGGAGAAGACGGAACAUCUACCGGGUACCAGAAAGGCGAACUCGAGUGCAUCAAGUGCCCAGCUGGACCCGCUGGACCCCCCGGACCCGAUGGACCUGCUGGCCAAUCCGGUAAUUCACUUAUUUUUUCAGCAAGAUUGAACACAGAAAAUUCUUGAAAUUUCGUAAAAAUCAAAAAAUCAUGAUGCAAAGAUAGAAUCUAAUUGAGAGCUUACAAGAUCAAACUUGACUUUUUGGGCUUCAAAGAAGCUAAAAUUCAUUUAUACGACUUGAGUACGUGUUUAGAAUGUCCCUACGCGUUGCGGUCGCGCUGCGGCUUGAAUUUUAAGUCGAAUCGUAUAUUUAGUUAUCGCUGCGCAGUCGUUACGCGUCGAGCCAUACUCUUGAGACGAAAAUUUUUUUUUCUGAGGAGUUUUUAUCAAAAAAUAGAAAAUAUCUUACGCUCUAUUCAGUCAAGAAUGAACUGAGGAACUCCAGUGGUCCCUAUAGGGUCACUUGGACUUUACCAACCCCUCUAGGGGUCACUAAAGCUUGCAAGUCGAUAUUUUUAUGAACAUUAGACACCCUUGGAAAGUCCCCUCUAGGGACCACUUUAUCAACCCCUAUAGGGGUCACUGAGGCUUGCAAAAGUGGUCCCUAUAGGGAUUUCAGUUAGGGGCCCCUAUAGGGGACAUGCUAGUCGAUAACUGUUUUGAACUCUAUGUAUUAAACUAUAUAAAUAAACGUUUUUUUGAAUAAAAUUGUAAGAACCCUAUAGGGACUACUUAAGCUUUAGGGACUAAAGGGUCGGAUCCUUAACCCCUUUAGGGACCACCUUGAUUUCACCCCUAUAGGGAUCACUUUUCCGCCCCUAACACGUGUAAGAAGCUGUUUUUCCCCUUAACCCUAUAGAGGCCACUCUAAAAUUCUUCUUAUAGUCCCUUUUUUUCAAUUUACCACAAUUUCUUAUUGAAAAUGUGCUCUAGCGAACUGUGGUCCUGAUUUUCAGGUCAAUCUACUUUUUUUUUACAAUUCUGAAGCUUGACCAUGUGAGAAACCACGUCAGAACGGAAAAAGAUGUCUUGAAAUUCCAGGACCAUCUGGACAGCCUGGACAGCCAGGAAACGCCGGAAGAGACGGAGAAUCCGGAGCCCCAGGACCUCAAGGAGACGCCGGAACUCCAGGCCAACCAGGAUCCGACGGACAGGACGGACAGCCCGGCAAAAAUGGAGUGAGUUUCCAAAAACCGUGGAGGGAAAAGAGAGUGCAGACAGGUUAGGGUGUCUAAAUCGUGAGGGGCCAUUUUAGUGGAAAGUUUAGAUUUUUUUUUUGAACUUUCUAUGAAGUAUGGUCGAUUCACGACCAGCUUAAGACGAUUAGGGGGCGUGGCCUGUCUGCUCUCUCCACCAUCCAGGCACUAUUUCUUUUUUUAAUCGUUUCAGGACCCUUUUAUUGACGGCUCAAGUCAGGCUUGACUCAGUUAUAGAAGAAUGAGCAUCCUGAGGGAUUUUAGAGUGGUCCCUAUAGGGGUCAGGGGGAGAAACAGCCCUACAAGGAAGGAAAAAGGGGUCCCUGUAGGGGUAAAAACAAGGUGGACCCUCUAGGGGUUUAGGGUCUGACCACUUAGCCCUUAAAGCUUAAGUAGUCCCUAUAGGCGUCGUUAAAGUGGUCCCCAGAGCGACGCUCCAAGGUUCGCUAAGGUGACCCCUAUAGUGACCACUCUAGGGUUCCUAAUCAGCCGCUAAAAGCGUAAAUGAAUUUUCAAACUUCGCGCUUCCUUUUCCUCAUCCAACUGACUUCAGAAACGCGGACACGGAGCCCCAGGGCCGGCCGGACCUCAAGGACCAGCUGGAGCCCCAGGACAAGACGGAGCCAACGGCGAAGAUGGUGCUCCCGGACAGGCCGGAGCUGCCGGACCAGCCGGAGCGCCAGGACAAGACGGAGAAGCCGGAACCGACGGCCAACCCGGUGGUGCCGGAGAAGCCGGCGUCCCUGGAACCGACGCCGCCUACUGCCCUUGCCCGCCGAGAACCGCUCCGGUUCAAGUCGAGCCCGCCACCCAAUCGACUGGAUACCGACGUCGAUUCGCCAACUAA